AUGUCUGAAAUUAACGUGAUGAAAAGACGAAGAGGAAGAGUACUAAUGUUAAAUGGUUACCAGUAUUAUAAAUUAAAGGUUUAUAAAGAUGCAAGUGUAAUAUGGCGAUGUGCUCAAUAUAAGAAAAACAAAUGCACUGGAUCGGUAACCAUCAGGGACAAGAAAGAAGUGAAAGCAACACCAAACAUAAUAACAUGUGCUCAAGACUUUGCUAAAAAUGAGAUAGACCUAAAGUUUUACGAAUGUAAGAAAAAAAUUAGUGAAGACUCGAUAUCAGUGACUAGAGUCUACAAAAAUGCAGUAAGUUCAUUGGAAAAUGCAGGUAAUAACUUCAUUAAUAAAUUACCGAAAUUCGGAGAUGUAAAGUCAACGUUAUACCGAUAUCGCAAUGAGUUAGGCGUUGAAAAACUAUACCACAAAACGUAUGCUGACGUUGAGGUGCCGUUCAAAUUUGAUUCAUUUCUACUGGCUGAUUACUUUCGCGAUGACGGUGCAAGAAUUUUAGUAUUUAAAUCUAGGCAUGCAAGAAAAACUAUGGCUGAAAAACAGCAAUAUCUCAGUGAUGGCACAUUUGAAAUAACCCCGUUACCCUUUCUUCAGUUGUAUACCAUUCAUUGCGAUCUAGACAGUUCUCAGCAAACUACAAACAUAAUACCCGUUAUUUAUGCCUUCCUCCCAGACAAAAGAACUGAAACUUACGUAACAUUAUUACAAUUAAUAAAAAGUCAGAUAACUAACUGGGAACCUACGUAA